CUCCACUUUGCUUUUCGAUUGAAUUUCUCCCCACUUUUUAGACACCAAUUCAGACUUUUUACUAUUUAUGUGUUAAAAACAUGUACGCAAUUCCGAACAAAAACAGACUCGUGCAAGCCACGCCGCGGCUCGGUAGCAGCGGUGUUUGCAUCUGGAGAUCGUACUACUCUGCGUCAGACUUUGAUCGGCUACAAAGAUUGCGCAACGAGUUCAACAAGGCCAAGUCGAACGACACGUCGGGAAAGUGGAAAAGUAACGCCAGCGCGGGAAAUCCCACCAACCCGAGUAUAUCGAAGCGCCCGGUCAUCGGCGGGCACGCACGGAACAAUCUCAAAUCGGCGCACAGCGUGAUCCCAACUUUUAAGCCGUUCUUCGAACAAGCAUCGCCAACAGUAACGGUAGAGACAGCACAUGCAGUCCCUGCAAAGCUUGAGCAGAAGCCUAAGGAGGACAGCAGCAGCAAAGUUGAUUCGCCAAAGCCAGCGCUAGGAAGUGCCAGGUUCUUUUUCAUGGGACGUGGCCAGCCAACAAAACAGACAGAGUUGCCUUCUGUCGCUUGGGCAUCCGAAAAUAAUGCUGCACAGGACUCGCCACCUGCCACGGGCUCUACAGGGACUGCAAAAAACCAACCUGCGUCAGGUCUGGGCGCCUCCAAGACCGCCAAUGCUGUGGGCAGCGCGGAUUUGAAGGGCCGGUCUUCAGAACUUUCAAGGAUGGUUCAGGAGUACGGCCGGCGCCACAACCCAGCAGAUAAAAAAAACGCGCCAAAAAAAUUCGAGCAGCAGUCACCAACUCAGCAAGAUCGGAAGCAGCCGGAUAUUAAAUAUGCAAAGCAAGGUGAUGCGCCAAAGAAGCCAGUUGAGCAUAAGCAUCGCACAAGCGCUGCUCCCCGGAGGCCUGGCCAGCGCAUCGAGAACGCGGAUCAGGACGACGAGAACCAGAUGAAGCGGAGGCGCAGAAAGUUUAAGCUUCCAAAAAAGGGCCUGGAGAUCGUUCUGCCGAUCACCAUCACAGUCGACGGCCUGGCCAAGCUUCUCGAUGUCCCCAACGACCACAUGCUACGCAAAAUGGCGAACAUCGGCAUGGACAAGCUGGCCAACAACUAUUUGUUGACCAAUGAGGAGGCGGCUGAAAUCGCGCUGGAAUACGAAGUGGUACCGAUCAUCCCCGAGAACAGUGGCCCAGAGCUUCUGCCGCAGCCUAUUCCCGAGGAUAUGUCUGUGCAUCCUUACCGCCCACCGGUUGUCACCAUCAUGGGCCACGUCGACCAUGGCAAAACAACACUUUUGGACACCUUGCGCAACUCCACGAUCACUGCGAGCGAGGCAGGCGGCAUCACGCAGCACAUUGGCGCGUUCUCGGUGGAGCUGAAGGACGGCCACCACAUCACAUUUCUGGACACGCCAGGGCACGCCGCCUUCAGUGCGAUGCGUGCUCGCGGUGCCAAUGCGACAGAUAUUGUAGUCCUUGUAGUAGCGGCGGAUGACGGCGUGAUGCCCCAGACGAAGGAGGCAAUCCAGCAUGCACUGGACGCGGAUGUGCCGAUUAUUGUCGCGGUCAACAAAUGCGAUAAGCCGGGAGUUGACCCUUCGCGCAUCCUAGAGGAGCUGCUGAAGUACGGCAUUCAGACUGAGGAGAUGGGCGGCGACAUCCAGUCGGUCAAUAUCUCGGCGCUAAAGGGUACUGGAGUUGACGAGCUUGCUGAGAACAUUGCUACACUGGCCGAAGUGAUGGACCUCCGCGCUGAGGUCGACAUCCCGACGCACGCGACAGUGAUCGAGUCCCAGGUUGAGAAGGGUCGCGGCAACGUCGCCUCCGUCUUGGUGAAGCGCGGGACGCUGCAUGUAGGCGACAUCAUCGUGGCCGGCACAGCCUGGUGCAAGGUGCGCAGCAUGUCUGACGACAGCGGCAAUUCUGUCAAGUCGGCGACGCCUGCAAGCGCAGUGCGGGUUAUGGGAUGGAAAGAGAUCCCGCAGGCAGGAGACAUGGUCUUGCAAGCCGCAUCUGAGAGCCAGGCGAAGGACGUCGUCGCCAAUCGCAUUGACAAGCGCAAAAACAGAGACAAGCUGCAGACAAUUGGCGCGAUGAACGAGCAGCGGCGUGAGACCAAUGAACGCGAGAGCAGCGAGCGCGCAGAAGAGAAGGCAUACAAGAAGGCUGUCUGGGAGUUCCACAACGGCCUUCGCAACACGCACCCGGACCCGCUUCCCAGAAAGGGUGCGCAUAGCGGAGAUGUUUCUGGCGGGACUACUGAGGAGAUUCAGGUCCAGGUCGUUCCGGUCGUGAUCAAAGGCGACGUGUCAGGAACCGUCGAGGCUGUCGCUGGCGCAUUGAAACAGCUUCCAGACAAGAAGAUUCGAGCCAACGUCAUCAGCACGGGCGUCGGGCCAGUGACAGAGUCGGAUGUGACUAUGGCGGGCUCGGGCUCGCAGGGCGUGGUCAUCGCAUUCAACGUAAAAGCAGACAAAAAGACGCUUAACGCAGCCAAGCGCGAGGGUGUCGAGGUUAUGCCGUUCCGCGUAAUAUACAGGCUGCUCGAAGACGUCGAAAAGCUGUUGACUUCGCGGCUCGAGCCUAUUCGAAUCGAAGAGAUCCAGGGCGAGGCUGUCGUGCAGGAGGUCUUUGAGGUCACGCUCAAGGGCAACAAGAUCGCCAAGAUCGCCGGCAGCCGUGUUACUGUCGGUUCAGUGACGAAGGGCGCAAAGUCCCGCGUACUGCGCGGCGACAAGGAGCUGUUUACGGGCGAUAUCAGCUCGCUGAAGAAUAUCAAGCACGAUAUCAGCGAGGCGACCAAGGGUCAGGAGUUUGGCAUCUGCUUUGCCGGGUUCGAGGAUAUCAAGGAGGGCGAUAUCAUCCACUCUCUGCGGUACAAGGAUAUUCCACAGAAGCUCAUGUAGCCAAUUCGCAACUCCAGUAGCCACAAAAGUUUUAAUACAUUAUCAAUGUUCUUCGCAGAACGUACAAAUUGAUUUUAUUGUUUUUUUGUAUUGUUGA